AUGUGCAGCCUUGUUUCAGCCGUGUGCGAGGGCACUGAGACGUUUGAGCGGGUCACCGGUGUACUGCUGCACUCGGCAACGCAGAUCCCGCUCUACAGCUCCCAGGGAGCCGUCACCACCCAGUGCACCAGCAGAUGCCGCGCCUCCACCGCCUGUCCCUCCUUCCUGGUGGACUACGACCGAGGCGCCUGUUUCCGCCUCGACCUGACCUCUGAGGGUCGCACCCACCUGCUCGUACCGGCCAGAGGUCACACGGCCUACUUCGAGAAGGUCUGCCUGCAAGCGCCGGCCUGCGGGAAGGCGUGGGUGUUUGAGCGGGUGCUGGGCCGCGAGCUGGCCGGCCUGGAUGACCUGGUACUGGAGGAGAUCACCAGUCGCCGAACCUGUGAGGAGUACUGCCUGCUCAACCACCAGCUGCCCUGCCGCUCGGCGGAGUUCGUGGCCAGUCAGAGGCUCUGUCGACUCUCCUCCAGCAGCCGACGGACGGCGCCCAACGCCCUGCGCCCGGCGCUGGACACCGAGUACCUCGAGAACCAGUGUGUGCCCCAUGUAAGCUCGACCGGCUGCGACUGGGAGAAACGACCAGAGAGACAGAUGACGUACCGUGAUCUGGAGGUCUCCGCAACCAGCAGAGAACGGGUAUAGGCGCCCGAUUAACAACUUCCCAUCGAC